AGUCGGUCGGCUCAGUACGGUAUGGAGAACCGCAGUCAACAACAGCUGCAUACGAAAGACACUAGAUAACAAUUUAAGAAGAAAAUAAUCGCUAUUUAAAUACCUAACGCAUUGUAAUCAUUAAAUAAACAUUUUCCGUUAAUUGUUGUACUUUUUUUGUCACGAUGGAUGUGUAAUAUUGCCAUACGAUACCGAAAAAAUUAAUUAGUGCAUUUCAAAUUCAUCUCGACCGGUCAAAUGGUUUUCGGCGAAAAACAUCCGUUGCUCGCUAACGGCAAACUUAGUGGCAAAAAUGAUUCGUCCUGCCGUCCUCUGUUGGCAAGUUUUGUCGCUUCCAUACUGUCGUUCGCUUCGGGUACGGUGGUCGCCGGAUGGUCGGCUCCCGCAAAUCCUUCGGUAGUAGGCGAAACCAUAUUUAUGCUGACCAAGGCAGAGUCUUCGUGGGUAGUUUCGAUUUACGUUAUAGGAUCGUUGGUUGGAGCUUUACCGACCGGUUACAUGUCGCAGUCGAUUGGCCGGAAAAAAUUUCUUCUACUGCUCGCCAUUCCAAUGUCACUCGGAUGGGCUCUUAUCAUGGCGUUCGACGACAAUGUGAACAUAAUUUACACCGGCCGACUCCUGUGUGGUUUGGCAGUGGGAGCAAUUACCGUGGCCGUACCUUUGUACAAUCAAGAGAUAGCCUCUGACGCUUGCCGUGGCCGAGGAGGAGUGUUUUUGGAUUUUAUGUUGUGUGUGGGAAUAUUGUACUCGUACAUGAUCAGCGCGGUCGUCGGGCUGUCUAUGUUUUCGUUGACUUGCAGUCUUAUACCCGUCGUGUUCGCCAUCCUGUUUGCGUUCAUGCCGGAAUCGCCGGCUUACCUGUACCACGCGGGCCGCUACGAAGAGGCCAGAACUUCUCUGAAGUGGCUGUACGGUGAAGAUUUCGACGUCAUGGCGCAGUUUGAUACCUACGCGAAAAUUCGAGGUGAAAUCGACAACGCCUCUCGUGUGGCGUCAACCGAUAUAAACGGGUUUUACUCAAAACGAAUUUAUGCUAAAGCCAUCGUCCUGUCGAUCGCUCUUGUCACUAUUCAAAGACUGUCUGGAGCCGGAGCCAUCAUACAAUAUAUUGUGAAAUUGUUCAAAAUAUCUGGAUCCAGUAUCGAACCCAGUACAGCAUCUAUAAUAACUGGCACGUUCCAAGUUCUAGCUUCUGGCGCCUCCAUCUUGUUGGUCGACAGAGUAGGUCGGAGGAAAUUACUGCUCGCCUCGUCGUCAGUAGUGGUCGUGUGUCUUGCAAUGCUCACUUUGUACUUUUAUUGCUUGAAAAUAGGAUUGCUGGCCAAUUCGUUCUUGAAAAUAAUGCCGGUAUUCAUCGUAUGCACGUACAUUUCAUUUUUCAGGCUUGGCCUGGGGCCCAUACCUUGGUUCAUGACCAGUGAACUGUUGGGAUCGGAGCGGGAAAAUAUUGCACAGUCAAUUUUGUCAUCAUACUCUUGGACUCUUUCGUUUUUUAUCAUGAAAACAUUCGUUCCUUUUGUCGACAAUUGGCCGAUCGCUCUGUGGUUAGGUUACACAGUCAUCUCGGUCGUCGGUUUUGUUAUUAUACUGUUCUUCAUACCCGAAACCAACAACAAAAACCAAGAACAGAUACAACAAGCACUGACAAAACUUAAUCAAUGGUCCUCUUAAGUUUAAAAUAAUUUAAAAAUCAAACUACCUAUUGUAAAUAUAUUUUAUUAUAUUAUCUACGUUAAAAUAAAAACCUAUUAUAUUUAAUGUA